GGCCGCUCGGCAGCCUCGCUCUGGCCCGAGUCGCGCCCCCGCGCCGAGUCCGCGCGUCAGUCGGUCCCGAGUGCGGCUGCGGGGCGACGGGCUGCAGACAGCGGGGCGCGCGGCCCGGGGGAGGUGACCGUGUCGCGGGAGGAGCGUCGGAGCCCGGAGACUCGCACAACGCCAUGGCCCCCAUUGGCCUUAAGGCGGUGGUCGGAGAGAAGAUCAUGCAUGACGUGAUCAAGAAAGUGAAGAAGAAGGGGGAGUGGAAGGUGCUGGUGGUGGACCAGUUAAGCAUGAGGAUGCUGUCCUCCUGCUGCAAGAUGACGGACAUCAUGACCGAGGGAAUCACAAUUGUGGAGGACAUCAACAAGCGCAGAGAGCCGCUCCCCAGCUUGGAGGCCGUGUACCUCAUCACCCCGUCCGAGAAGUCUGUCCACUCUCUCAUCAGUGACUUUAAGGACCCACCAACUGCUAAGUACCGGGCCGCCCAUGUGUUCUUCACAGACUCAUGUCCAGACGCCCUGUUUAACGAGCUGGUGAAAUCCCGAGCAGCCAAAGUCAUCAAGACGCUGACGGAGAUCAACAUUGCAUUUCUGCCCUAUGAGUCCCAGGUGUAUUCCCUGGACUCUGCUGACUCUUUCCAAAGCUUCUACAGCCCUCACAAGGCUCAGAUGAAGAAUCCAAUCCUGGAGCGCCUGGCAGAGCAGAUUGCAACCCUGUGUGCCACCCUAAAGGAGUACCCAGCCGUGCGGUAUCGGGGGGAAUACAAGGACAAUGCCUUGCUGGCUCAGCUGAUCCAGGACAAGCUGGAUGCCUAUAAAGCUGACGACCCGACAAUGGGGGAGGGUCCCGACAAGGCGCGGUCCCAGCUCCUGAUCCUGGACCGUGGCUUCGACCCCAGCUCUCCUGUACUUCAUGAACUGACUUUUCAGGCUAUGAGUUAUGAUCUGCUGCCCAUCGAGAACGACGUUUACAAAUAUGAGACCAGCGGCAUUGGAGAGGCACGGGUGAAGGAGGUGCUUCUGGAUGAGGACGACGACCUGUGGAUCGCACUGCGUCACAAGCACAUUGCAGAGGUGUCCCAGGAGGUCACCCGGUCUCUGAAGGACUUUUCCUCCAGCAAGAGAAUGAAUACUGGAGAGAAGACCACCAUGCGGGACCUGUCCCAGAUGUUGAAGAAAAUGCCCCAGUACCAGAAGGAGCUCAGCAAGUACUCGACUCACCUGCACCUUGCUGAAGACUGCAUGAAGCAUUACCAAGGCACCGUAGACAAGCUCUGCCGCGUGGAGCAGGACCUGGCCAUGGGCACAGAUGCCGAGGGGGAGAAAAUCAAGGACCCCAUGAGAGCCAUUGUCCCCAUCCUGCUGGAUGCGAACGUCAGCACUUACGACAAAAUCCGCAUCAUCCUUCUCUACAUCUUCCUGAAGAAUGGCAUCACUGAGGAAAACUUAAACAAACUCAUCCAGCAUGCCCAGAUCCCCCCGGAGGACAGUGAGAUCAUCACCAACAUGGCUCACCUCGGUGUGCCCAUCGUCACAGACUCCACACUACGCCGCAGAAGCAAGCCGGAGCGGAAAGAGCGCAUCAGUGAGCAGACCUACCAGCUCUCACGAUGGACCCCGAUCAUUAAGGACAUCAUGGAGGACACUAUUGAGGACAAACUGGAUACAAAGCACUACCCGUACAUCUCCACCCGCUCCUCCGCCUCCUUCAGCACCACUGCUGUCAGCGCCCGCUAUGGACACUGGCACAAGAAUAAGGCCCCCGGGGAAUACCGUAGCGGGCCCCGCCUCAUUAUCUUCAUCCUUGGAGGUGUGAGCCUGAAUGAGAUGCGCUGUGCUUACGAAGUGACCCAGGCCAACGGCAAGUGGGAAGUGCUGAUAGGAUCCACACACAUUCUCACCCCACAGAAACUGCUGGACACGCUGAAGAAGCUGAAUAAAACAGAUGAAGAAAUAAGCAGUUAAAAACAUAAGCCGCCCCCCAAAACCCUGGCUCCUUCCCACAGUGCUCUGCAGCUCCCCAGUGCGAAGCCUCCCCAGCCCUGCACGCCCUGGCCACCCCGUUGCCACGCUGAGUUCUUCUCCUGUGCGAAGACAUCCUACCUUGUCCUUUGAAAGCAAGAGUGUAUGUGUUGUUUUUUAAAAAUGAGUAUCUUCUGUACGUAUCCCACACGAAGUUCACGUGCACGCGCCACUGCAGAAGCGUCAGAACUCUGGACUGAGUGGACUCUCCUUAUUUAUGACCCUGUGACCUGUACAUAGCCCUGUGCCGUGUGCGCACAUUGCUUGAGUAUGGAAAGGUAGACACGUGGGUGUUUCUCAAAGCUUGUUUGGGCUCAUUUCUGGUUUUGUUGGGAAUCGUCAGGGGUCUGUCCCCCAGAUACUCCACGCUGAGGGGUGAUCUCCUCUCCGGUCCCUGCUCACCCCUGUUCUCAUGCACAGAGGCUGGGGAGUGGCGGUGAGCAGAGCUCUAGAGGCCAGCAUGGAACACGCCUCUUCUUUGCCCAGUGUUGCGGCUGUGGGUGGGGCUUAGGGUGUCCACAGGAAGCCAGACUGUGCGCCAGCCAGUUGUCGCCAGAGCCUGGCGCUACUCCCGACCUGUGUCCACAGUGCUCUAACCUGGGUUAAGUCCUCCAGCCUAAAUCCGCAUGUAGCACCCUCAGUUCCUCAAGAGAAGAGUUAGGCACAGCCAGCCCCCCGCUUUCCCAGGCUUCACGUAAGGGUCAGGAGUGAAGUCCAUGGGUUUGAUACCCUGGUCAGAGGGUGCUUUGCUCUGGAAAGGUUGUAGGCCUGAGGAACAGGGCCUGCUCAUCUUGUCUCCGCUCUGCAAGUGACAUCAGUCAGAGUAUCCACAAUUUGAGAUACUUCAUCACCUUAAUUUUGUGUAAUGUACAGUCAUAGGUCAUCGUGGUUGUAUGAGAAAAAUGAUCAUUUUAUUCUUUGUAUUAAAAUCGUCGCUGUAUAAAACAUAGCUAGCUAUAAAGCAGAAACUCCAGAAGCAGAUGCUGGAAGGAUGGUCUCCAUCCUCAGGACGCAGCAGCUCCCUGAGCAUGUCACUCACUCCGCUGCUGGCGUCGUGAAACAAAGACAGUGGAAGUCACAAAAAUGUCCCCAGCCCUGCCCCCCACCGCGGACUUGUGUGUUACUGCGUCUUGUGCUGUCUUCGCAAAUGUGGUCUACGCCUCCCUCCUCCCGCAGGUGACCUGUGCCCUCCCCCCUCCCUGGCUCUCUUAGUUCUUGGUCCCGCCCUCGUCCUUCCCCUCCAGUGACCUUGUUCCCCGAGGACCCAACCGUAGUCGCACUGGUUGAUUUCUUCUGUAGCUGCUUCUUUCGUCCCUUCCCUCUGGUCAAGCAAUGCUCAUGCUUCAGGACCUCGUUUGUCGAACAUGUGGGGUUUCCUUUAUGUUAUUUAUAUAAAUAAUUUCUCAAAAGGAUAUUAAAAAAAAAAGCUAGUCUGUCUUGAAACUUGUUAACUUGAAAUUCUCGAAUCUCAGUGUCUCGAGUAUGGAAGCACAACUGUGUACCGCUCUGUACCGUCCUGUACUGCAGAAUUGGAGUCUAAUAAAGACAUCAGCGCUCA